AUGCUGGACAUCUGCUCCGAGUAUGAGCUCAGCCUACUCUUCAUUGGGCUGCUGCAGAGCAAGAGUCCCAGAGUUCUCGAUCUAUCUCCCCACCAGCCCCAGAAUCUGAUCCCAUCCAUUCUUCCAGCCUCACCACCCCAGCCGGGUCCAACGGCCUUGGCACUCUCCUCCGACUGCCGCCAGCAAGCUGCCAUAUGUGCAGGCCGAAGGCCCCCAAGAAUACGUGGGCUACGUGAGAGGGGCCGACCCCAAGAGGAUCGGGAUUCGGGAAGGCGGUUGCACAGUCGGGAACCAGUCCUCCGAAGUACAGGCCUGCACUGUUUAUGGCAAGUUUCGGAUGCAGAGGUCCAGAAGCAGCUGCAUUCCCCGAUGGUAAGUGUUCUUUCAUGCGAUGGCACAGAACUUCUUCCACAAGCAAUCGAAGGCUCUUGUCAACAGCUCUGGAUAUUGGGAUCUUGUCUCGUGGGCAUGAGGAUGUGUUGA